CAGAGAAGCCCUGAACUAGCAAACAUUAGUCAGCCCUCUGGAACAUCUGAGUCCUAUUGGUCACUGUUACCACUCCAUGCGUCUUACAGCGUACAAUUUUAUGUCACCACGCAGACUCUUAGAUCCGCUGCGUACUGCAUAAUAUUCCAAUAAUACUCUCCUGAUGCUUCAUCGCACCCUUAAAAAAGAUUGAGAGUAGCAAUUCGGACACCCCCCCAGACACAAGGACACCUGACUGUCAACCUCACCACGCCGCAGAAUCUUGUCGUCUCUUGGAUCCCUGCUAUACGUGGAUGAUGCGCACUCAGCUUAGCGUUCUUAUUUUGCCCCUGGUUUUGAUCCUUGUGCCGUGCGUUUAUGCAGCCUUUCUAAGUGUCGAUCGUCGUGCCCGCCCCUCCGCGCGUCCGUCAGACUACCCCGAUCUUCUUAAUACGAAUUCUAAGAGACUCGCCGCUGGCCUCCCUCCGUUGCCCCCUAUCAGAAAGUGGUCUCAGAAUGAUAUGACUGCUGCGAAGAGAUCUUUGCCCUCCCAUUCCAUUGCUCGAAGGGGGACCGUGAGGGACUUCAUCGGAACAAUCAAGGUGACUAACCCAGCCACCGGCAGCACCUUGGGAUUUCUUGGAAAGAGUCUCGUUGAUGACCAUUAUAGACUUUCAACGCAGUCACAAGCCGCAGUUUUCUCAUUUCGUGCAGAGUCGACCGAAACUUCCUAUAUGCUCCUCAUUCGGGACAUGGAUGGUGCCCCUUCAGAGACAUACUUGGAAGCCUGCAUUAACAACAGUCGGAAUCUCAGGUCUGACCCACCAAAUACUGCGGUCCUCACAAAUUCUGCUGCUAUGACCCCGUCAGCCCACCCUGGUGACUCUCCGGAAUCUUUUCUGGACGCCUUAGUGGGGGAUGCAUGUGAAUCCGCGAUUUGGGGUUACGACCCAUCAUCGAUGGCUGUCACCCCGCAAUGGGUUAAUUAUAAUUUAGACGUCCCCCCAUCUUGGGUCAUGUAUGACUCAACCAAGGACAUAUUCUUCAUUGUGGUGAAUCCCCCCAGGUAUAUGAUGUCAAAUCCUUCAGCUCAGGUAGUUGUCCUCACGUUAGUUAAUGACCACUGAGACUCGUGUUCUUCCGUGAAAGGGGCCUGGUCAUAAUUUACGCUGUUGGACGCUUAAAUUUGGUGCGAUUACCCCUGCGGCAGCUGUCUUUUAAGCUUUGACUGCUUGAGGCUAUAUGAUUCAAACUGCUCGGUACAGUAGCUACCGGUCCCUUCUAUGAUAGGUCUUUUGGCACAUUCAUUUUAGGCAGAUGAGUCAACAUGUCACUCAUUCCUUCCCAGCUUUCUGGCCAGCGUUUAAAUGCUAGGACCCUUUUCAGAGCG